AGCCACACCUCCUUUCAUAACAGAGUCGCAUUGAUCGCAAUGAAAGAGUGUUUCCAAUUGAGACAACGCGGUCAAAGUCGACAUCAUAAAGGAUUAUCAUGGCUCUAAAUGUUUUCUCCGAUCCUGAGGUCAGGAAAUUUUUGAACCAACAACACGUUGCCUCGACACUGAAUGAACUGGAGCGGCGAUUACAAUCACCACCAAGGUAUACGAUCUUAAGGGUGAAUCAAAUCCAAAUAUCCACCGAGGAUGCGCUUGAAAAAAUGAGCGAGGCCUUGAUCAAAAACGCCAAUCCCAAUGAUUUCAAGGUAUCAGUUCAUCCUAAAAUAUCUGAGGCAAUAAUAUUGGAAUCGCUGAAACUUGAUAAUGACAUUCAAAUUCCAAGUGACAGUAAAGAAGUGAUUGUGGACAAGUUCUGCGGCGCAGCCGUUCUCAGAGGUGCAAACAUUUUUGCGGUCGGGGUCUUGGGCGCCCCCAAUCAUCUGAGCAGAAAUGACAAAGUUGCAGUGUAUGUUGAUUUACAAUGCAAGUGCCUCAAAGGUUCCACGCAAGACUUCAAAGGGCCCAAACUUUUUGUGGGAAAUGGAACAAGUGUCAUGUCCAGGCAUGAGAUCUUCAAAACAGAAAAACCAGUUGGUGUUGCUAUCAAGAUGACAGAAACUUCCAGUGGCUGUCCCAGCAUGAAUGAAUUGGAACUUACAGGUAAUUUCAUGCUUCAAAACCUGCCCUCAAUCCAGGUGGGACGAGUUUUAGCUCCGGACCCGGGAGAUUUUGUCCUUGACAUGUGUGCGGCACCCGGUGGAAAAACCAUGCACUUAGCAGAUUUGGUAAGUCCGUCUGGACUCGUGUUCGCUUUGGACAAAAGUCAACCUAAAAUUGACCAGAUCGUGGGAAAUUCACUACGGAUGGGUGCUAAGAAUGUUCGAGCCUUCGUAAUGGAUGGCCGUAAAGCUGUCGAGCCAGCUUCCCCAGGGAACGGGUCUGACUUGAAUUCGAAUUCCACGCCUCCAUUUUCUCCCGGAUCCUUUCACAAAGUUCUUCUAGACGCCCCUUGUAGUGCUCUUGGACAACGACCUCAGUUCGUCAAUCCCAUGGGGCUCCAAGAACUGCACUCCUAUCCCAAACUCCAAAAGCAAUUGUUUCACUCGGCAUAUCAACUUCUGAGUCCCAAGGGUCACUUGGUAUAUAGUACAUGUACCUUCAACGUCAAGGAAAACGAAGAAAUCGUGGCCUGGGCCUUGCAAACCUUUCCAGAUCUAAGAUUAAGCCCCAGUCCAGUAAUCCUUGGGCGGCCUGGUCGACUGGUGAGCGGAUUAAAACCCCAAGAUUUGGCCCAAAUGCAGCGGUUUGACAUGGAAUCCAGUGGGGACUGUAACCAAGACACAAUCGGCUUCUUCAUCGUCAGGUUCACAAGAAAGCCCAUGCCUUAAAAGGCUUUGAUUUGCCGGGGAAAACUUUGGAGCCAAUGUUGUUUACAGACUUAUAUGUGAACUCGCCGUUGAACCGACUUUCCUACAUAAUAACAAAAAUCAAACGUGGCGCCAUUUUCGUCAGUUGGAAAUAAGAAAUAAACAAGCAGGGCAUCAAAUCGCUCGAACCCUCUGACAAAUUUUAAGUGACUCUAAAAUUGUUAG